AUGUCAGGGCCUAAUGAGGAUGAUAAUGGGAAGCUUGUGAAGUUUGUUUCUUUUUGGCUAUGCAUAAAACAGUUGUCCUCCCAAUUGUUUGGGAACCUGCUGAAUUCCAUAAUAGCAGAUGUGGCAUCUGAGUGUCAUAGGAUAGCAAAGCUAGGGCUAGAUCGCAACCUAGAGGAAGAGGAAGAAGAGUUGAAGCUGUCAGCUGAAGCGCGGGCAAGUGUGGCCGAUGUGGCUGCUGAAACGAAUGGAAAGUAUGUGAUGGAUAUCUUUGGACAGACGCAUCCACCUGUUGCUAAUGAUGUAUUCGACUGCAUGAAUUGUGGGCGAUCUGUUGCCGCUGGGAGGUUUGCUCCUCAUUUAGAGAAGUGCAUGGGAAAGGGCAGGAAGGCACGCAAGGCAACAAGAAAUAGCACGGCAAACUAG